GCGCGCGCGCGCCUGCCUCGCCUCCCUCGCCCGCUCCGGUGCUACGUGCUUUCUUUGUCAAUGAGGCGCCGCUCUGAGCUGCAGUAGCACUCGCGGCCGGAGCCGGAACCCAGCGAUCCAGCGAACCAGCGGGGACAGAGACCCCGGCGUAGGGGCGGCGGCGGGCGGCAGGCAGCUCGAGCCAGGGCCGCAGGUUUCCGCGUCUCGCAGCCUUGCGCUCGGGGUGCAGCAUCCAGCCCCGGGGAAGGGACCGGGGCGCCGCCCGUCCCACCCUCGCCGCACCGUGGGAACCCCAUGCGGCGCCGGUCCCCGCGCGUGUGAAGCCGCGGCUCUGCCGAGCCCGUCCCGGACCGAGGCAGGACGAGCGAGCGGCUCGCGCCUCCUGCUUCCCUCUGACUCCCGGGCCAUGGCUGGAGAUGCCCGGUGAGAAGCAGUGCGCCCAGGGCUGGGCUCCCCGGCGCCGUGUGGAACGAGGCAGCGGCCUGGAUGUGUGAACCGUCCCUAUGGCUCCGCAGGAGGCGAAGCCCCAGGGCCCGAGCAAAGCAGGGCCCGCGGCAUGGAAGCCUAGGGACCGGCCCUGGGAGCGUGGGCUCUGCGGGGCAGGCGGGAUCGCCGCGCGCUUCCAGGGCGUGAGGAGCUCCGGGGCCCGCGGGUCCCAGGAUGCGCCGCCGCUGCGGCCGCUGCUGCUGGGACUCUUGCUGCUGGCUGCCCUUCCCGAGCACUGCCUGGCCGAUUCGGGGACAGACAGUCUACAGAUCCAUGUCACUCCAACCUCAGAGUCCUUUCCUCUCGGGAAAUUGUUACCGAUGUCACCAACAUGGCCUUUCUUGGAAGCCAAGUCUUCCUCGGCAGCAGACAGAUUUAAGAAUGUUCUGGGGCAGCCUCCUGACAACACCAGCUUGCCGCAGCUCUCCCAGACACCUCUGCCCAAGGCACAGCGCAGGACCAGGGCUCAUGUGGACUUCUCUUCGUCCCUUUACCAAGGAAGUGGACACAGCGCCUCCCUGGAUCUUGCCAAGGACUCCACUGAGACUGUGGUCUACACAAGACCUGAAGGGGGAGGAGAAGGAGCGGCCGUGUCAGGUGGUAUUUCUUCUCUCAUCAAGACAGCACUAAGAACAGACCUCUAUCCUUCAGGGUCGCCGCCAUCAUCCAUGCUUGCCACACAAGCCCCUCAGGCAGGUUCUCCCGGCUCUUCCAGCACCAAGCUGGAGACUCUCACAGCUGUGGAAAGCCUGUCUGCACUGCCAGCUUCUGCUUCCAAACAGGUGACAGCACUUCCCUCCUCCACUGAUGGCAAUGAUUUCCCAACAAUGGGAAGCAAGAGAAAGCCAGCGGCCGCAGAUGUUUUCUGGAGCUCUCUUUCAGCAGAAACUGCAUCCCUCUCCACACAAUCGACACUAUCUGGCUCUCCGUGGCAAACGGAUCAUGAUUUAAACACUCACGCAAUUAACUCCAUGAGUCGGGAACCUCAUCCAGCUUCAGCGACUUUUCCUGGUGGUACAACUUCAGCUGCCAAUGUGAUAGAAUCUCAGAAUUUCAAAGAGACUGCUGGGCAGUUGGUAACUACAGACAGCUCUAACUUCCAGGGUCUAGUCUUCGGUCAAAGUGGCAAUCAGCCCCUCCAACCAUCGGAAGGGGCCAUAGUUGAAAGCCAUACAGACCUCUGGCUCACAAGCAAGCAUCCCAGAGACUCUGACACAACGAUCAUUGAUAAUUACCCACCCACAAGUCAGCAUUCUAUGGCACAGCUGCCUCUCCGGCCAGCCCAUCCUCUGUGGCCAACCUGGCCAAGUUUAGCUUCUGCAGCUAGCUUGCAGCAAAUGCUUUCAGAUGGAACAGACACAGAUUCACAAAUUUCCAGUGACAUCUAUCUAUCACCUGGAAAAAAUGACUCCCCGCAAUUCCAGAGUGUCCUGGAAUAUCAUUCAUCUUCGGACUCACCUUCUAUAUCAACUGGUGCCUUUUCCAGGACCUCCUCCAAAGGGCUGCGAACUUCUCGGCGCCCCAAGAAAUGGACAGGUGCAGCCACUAAUGCAGGUAGUUUGUUUCCUGGUACCCAAAAAACAGUGGGAACCUCCGUGUCACCCAAGGGAGAAUCGACAGCGGCUGCCACCGCCCCCACCACCACCACCCUGUUUCUGAGGAAGUCAAGCCCAGCAGCGUUGCCAGCAGCCCUCACUGCUAAGGGCACUGGCAGUGGCAGCAGCAGUUCAGCCAAGAGCAGUCUGACCACAGCUCUAGCUAAAAAUGUCACCCACAAGGCAGCAUCAAGCCCAAAGGUGACAGCAGGGACAUUCCACACUGCCUUCCCAUUCACACCAACCUACAUGCUUGCCCGGACAGCACACAGCAUGGGCACGCAUACGGCCACGCAAGGGGCCACGGGCUCUGCUUCAGGCCUGUUGUCCACAACACACCUCCCCAAGAAAUCACAAGCCAUGCACACUGGCCUCCCUAAUCCCACCAGGCCAGACACACCCAGAGCAUCCACGACCCGCCCACUGACAAUCACAGCUGCAUUGACAUCCAUUACAGCAUCAGUAAAGGCCACGAGACUGCCAUCUUUGCAGACAGGAAACACAGAUGCUGCUUUUCCAGCUGUGUCUACAGCAGUGGUCACGACUGGCAGAGUGGUAUCCAACUUGGACUGUCAGAUGUCCCACAGGCUCCUAGUGAAGACAGUCCUCUUCCUAACCCAGAGGAGAGUGCAGAACAGUGAGUCUUUGAAGCUUGGUGUAACCAAAGGGCUCACUCAGGCUUUGCGGAAGGCUUUCCACCAGAACGACGUCUCCGCUCACGUGGACAUCCUGGAAUAUUCUCAUAAUGUCACGGUUGGUUAUUAUGCUACCAGAGGAAGGCUGGUGUAUUUGCCUGCUGUGGUGAUGGACAUGCUGGGUGUGUAUGGCGUCAGCAACGUCACUGCCGACCUGAAGCAGCACACUCCCAACUUACAGUCUGUGGCGGUCCUUGCCUCCCCAUGGAAGCCCCAGCCUGCAGGUGCCUUCCAGCUGAAGACAGUGUUGCAGUUUGUAAGCCAGUCAGACAACAUUCAGUCCUGCAAGUUUGCCCAGACGAUGGAGCAGAGGCUGCAGAAGGCAUUCCAGGAUGCAGAGAGGAAAGUCCUUAACAGCAGGAGCAACCUGACGCUUCAGAUGGUGAGCACGUCCAAUGCCUCCCAAGCCGUCACGUUGGUGUAUGCUGUGGGCAAUCAGAGCUCGUUCCUCAAUGGCACCGUGGCCAGCAGCCUCCUUAGCCAGCUCUCAGCUGAGCUGGUAGGAUUCUACCUCACUUACCCUCCACUCACCAUCGCUGAACCACUGGAAUAUCCCAACCUUGACAUAUCAGAAACGACCAGAGACUACUGGGUCAUCACAGUGCUCCAGGGUGUGGACAACUCACUGGUGGGCCUGCACAACCAGAGCUUUGCCCGGGUCAUGGAGCAGCGUCUAGCCCAACUGUUCAUGAUGUCCCAGCAACAGAGCCGGCGGUUUAAACGGGCCACCACCUUGGGAAGCUAUACUGUGCAGAUGGUGAAGAUGCAGCGAGUACCAGGACCAAAGGACCCAGCAGAGCUGACGUACUACACACUGUACAACGGGAAGCCACUGCUGGGGACUGCAGCCGCCAAGAUCCUGAGCACCAUCGACUCCCAGAGGAUGGCCUUGACUCUGCAUCACGUUGUCCUUCUACAAGCUGACCCUGUGGUGAAGAAUCCACCCAACAACCUGUGGAUCAUCGCCGCAGUGCUGGCCCCCAUCGCUGUGGUCACGGUCAUCAUCAUCAUCAUCACUGCUGUGCUCUGUAGGAAGAACAAGAGUGACUUCAAGCCAGAAACCAUGAUAAACCUGCCUCAGAGAGCAAAGCCCGUGCAAGGCUUUGACUACGCCAAGCAGCAUCUGGGCCAGCAAGGGGCAGAUGAGGAGGUCAUCCCCGUGACACAGGAAACGGCGGUCCUCCCCAUGCCUGUCAGAGAUACUCCUCAGGAACGAGAAACAGCUCAGGAUGGGAGCACCAUCAAGACGGCUAAGUCCACUGAAACCAGAAAGAGCAGGUCGCCCAGUGAGAAUGGCUCUGUCAUCAGCAACGAAUCAGGGAAGCCCAGCUCAGAGAGGCGCUCGCCCCAGAAUGCAAUGUCACAGUCGAAAGUGACAAAGGAGGAGGCCAGGAAGAGAAACGCGAUUGCAAGUGAUGAAGAGGAGGGAGCAGGUCUCUUCGACAGCGCGGGCAAGGCGGCAGCAGAUCCCUUUGACACGUCUUCCGGAUCUGUGCAGCUCAUCGCUAUCACACCUUCAGCUCUGCCUGCAGUGGCCCCUGCCUCAGACAGGGGCCAGGAGUCCUCAGUGGCACUCAAUGGAGAGGUGAACAAGGCUCUGAAGCAGAAAUCAGACAUCGAACACUAUCGGAACAAACUGCGCCUGAAAGCUAAGAGGAAAGGGUAUUACGACUUCCCCCCAGUGGGAACGAGCAAAGGUCUGACAGAAAGGAAGAAGGUGUAUGAGAAGGCCCCAAAGGAGAUGGAGCCUGUUUUGGACCCAGACCCAGAAGCGUGUGCUCCCUUCGCGGAGUCUAAAAACAGGCAACAGAUGAAGAACUCUGUCUACCGAAGCCGGCAGUCUCUGAACAGCCCAAGCCCAGGAGAAACCGAGAUGGACCUUCUGGUCACACGGGAGCGACCCCGGCGUGGAAUCCGGAACAGUGGAUACGAUACUGAGCCCGAGAUCAUAGAGGAAACCAAUGUGGACAGAGUCCAUGAGCCCCGGGGCUACGGCAGGGCCCGGCAGGUGAAGGGCCACUCAGAGACCUCCACGCUGAGCUCACAGCCUUCCAUCGACGAAGUCCGGCAACAGAUGCACAUGCUUCUGGAGGAGGCCUUCAGCCUGGCAUCCGCUGGCCAUGCAGGCCCAAGCCGGCACCCGGAGGCCUACGGCUCUACUCAGCACCUGCCAUACUCAGAGGUGGUGACUAGCGCUCCAGGGACCAUGACACGGCCCCGGGCUGGGGUGCAGUGGGUGCCCACCUACCGCCCAGAAAUGUACCAAUACAGUCUGCCCCGACCGGCUUACAGGUUUUCCCAGCUUCCUGAAAUGGUCAUGGGCUCUCCCCCGCCACCUGUACCUCCCAGGACAGGCCCCGUGGCUGUGGCUUCCCUCAGGAGGUCCACAUCAGAUAUUGGCAGCAAGACCCGGAUGGCUGAGUCCACAGGACCCGAGCCUGCCCAGUUGCAUGAUAGUGCCUCGUUUGCCCAGGUGUCCAGAGGUCCCGUGUCGGUGACGCAGUUGGAUCAAUCGGCUUUAAAUUACUCAGGUAACACGGUGCCAGCGGUGUUUGCCAUCCCAGCUGCCAACAGACCUGGCUUCACCGGCUACUUCAUCCCAACACCUCCCUCAUCCUACAGGAGCCAAGCCUGGAUGUCCUAUGCAGGAGAGAAUGAGCUCCCAAGCCAGUGGGCUGAUUCGGUCCCUCUUCCCGGGUACAUCGAGGCCUAUCCGAGGUCACGUUAUCAACAGAGCUCACCCUCCAGGCUCCCUCGCCAGUAUAGCCAGCCCACCAACCUUCACCCAAGCCUAGAGCAGGGCCCCGUGCCCUCCACAGCUGCCUCGCAGCAGAGCCUGGCGGAAAAUGAGCCCCCAGACACUCCAUUGACCAACAUUUCUACCGCAGCCCUCGUGAAGGCUAUCCGGGAGGAAGUGGCCAAGCUGGCCAAGAAGCAGACAGACAUGUUUGAGUUCCAGGUCUAAUGCCUCAACCCUGAGGGAAUCUGCACUUGAAGACUGUGAGACAACAAACAGGCUUUGGGCUCCUAGGCCCUAAUGUGUGGGGGCUCCAGACAAUGCAUGGGUCUUUCUCAUCCUCAGAUUCUAAAAAUGCCCAAUGGUGGGGCUGCUGGGAAACAGAAAACUUGCGAACAACUGGAUUCUGACUCCUGCAGCCGAUUGUGGGUCAACAAGUCCCUAGCUGGGACCCUGUGUUUGAUGUUCUGUUGGACUGAAUGUUUGAACUGUGGGUGGAAUAUCCCUAGGGAGCCCUAGUCGUGAGAGGCUCUAGUUAGCCUGCAGGUUCCUGUCCAAUGUCCCAUUUUAGUAAAUCGCCAGAAGGGAGAGAAUGCCUCCCUGUCUUCAAUGACCUCUGCAUGUUCUCUUUCUGUGUUAAAGGCAACACAGGAGUGUGAUUAACCACCAGACUGUACUCUCUCAUUGAGCCAUGACCGUGAUCGCUUUAAAAAUCACCUCUAGUCUGUAAGAGAGAUGCUGACUCUCCAGCCAAGAAACUCGAGUCUCUUUGCUUUUAAAGGCUCAUGUUCAAAGUCAAAUGAAUUGGAUGGAAAUCAGUUCCAAUGGCUGUGCCUAUAAAUAGUCCUGACUCUCCCUCCCCCGUCACACACACACACACACACACACACACACACACACACACACACACACCUGUUAAUUAAAGGCCAAGAAAGAGAGACGAUGAGCCAGAAUGGUGGACUUGUGCUGACAGGCUGUUUAAAAGGUGUUGUCAUUUUGGAAAUAAGGUCUCCUGCAAACCAGAUCCAAAUGAAUGAGAAUCAGUACUAGGAGGUUGGGAGCCUGUAAAAGAGAAGCAGUUGUUUGUGGAGGUUUUUCUUUGUACUGAAGAUGGCCUGAGAACCCAGCCAUCUGGGGGAAAUAAUAGAUACAGCAACUGUCUCCUCCAUAGUGGAGCCCAGCAUGUGCUGUUGAGUGCUACAAAGGAAACCAUUACCGGUUACGUUUGAGAUGGGAAAGAUGGAUCCACAGUCACCCCACACUGCAGCCUCUGUUUCUAGAAGCUUUGGAAUGUAGAAAAUCUGAGUUGAGAUGAAAUGCAAAGCAUCUUUUUAAAAGUCUGUGGAGUUCACCAGUUCUCCAUGGUGGAUGGACACAGGGGGACAUUGGAUGAGAUGGCAGGAUGCUACCUUGGGAUGGCGCUGCUUCAUGCUACUACCCCUGGCAUGAAGCAUCAGCCUCCAGAGUCUUGGGCAGAAACAUUGCCUUGUAGCUCUUGGGUACCAGCCACUGAUGACCCCUAUGUGCAAAUACAACUGAUUUGGGGUACCAUGGGAAGAGGGAAACCUGAGUUUCUUCCCCAAUUUUGGGAGCCAUGUAUGAUGUCAGGGGGCUCAUCUGGCGUCUGUUGGAGAAUAUGGUCCUAUCCUGCCUUCACCCAUGACCCAUCUAGCUUUCAGCUGUACCCAUGCCCCUCUGACCCCAUCUAUCCAUUGUCUUCAUGAGUUUCUUUGGUCUUUACUGAAACUUAGAGGUUGAGAGAAGAGUAGGAUUGGAACUGAUUAGAAUGGGAGAUUCAAACUGUCAAAGCACAGACUUUCCCAAGAAGCUGUUUUUAUUUCCCUAUGGCAAAUUGUCCUUUCUGGAAUGUUCAGAGAUACGUCAUGGAAUCUCCAGACAAGUCUCUUGUGGGGUUUAGCUAGUGUCCUUUUAGUAUUGCUGGUUGAUCUUUCAUAGUGUUAGUUUUUUGUUACUUAAUAAGAAAUCAGCUAUAAAUAAAAAUGUAUUUUUGUAA